GGCAACAUGGCGGCCUGCGGCUCGGCGCUCCUCGGGCUUCGUCCGCGCUUUUGAAACCAGAUCAUGUGGCGUAAACGGUGUUUCUGGGUUUUCCUCUUCCUGGACCCGAAACCUUCCUGACGCUGUUUGCCGCCUCCGGAACCGACCAGCAGCUUACACUGGAUCUUCAGGGAGAGGUUGGACACAGCUGAUCAAACCAGGUCGAUUGCUUAGGAACCAAUAGUGGGACAAUAGCAGAAGCUUCUGACAUCACAGCCAUGGCAGCCUUUAAACUGGAGAACGUGGAAGACUUGUAUGAGAUUGGAAAAGUUGUGGGAAGUGGGCAUUUUGGGCAGGUUCAUGAGGUUUGUGAGCGAGCUACUGGGACUUACUGGGCUGGGAAGUUCCUGAUGAUUCGGAAGACUUCAUACACCCGUGUGGGCCUCGAGAGGAGCAGCGUGGAGCGUGAAGUGGAGAUCCUCCAGGCUCUACAACACCCAAACAUUGUGGCACUCAAAGAUGUUUUUGAGAGGCGAGCUGAAGUGGUGCUCAUUCUGGAGCUAGUACAUGGUGGAGAGUUAUUUGACUUCAUUGCUGAGAAGGACUACCUGUCAGAGACUGAGGCCAUUCAGUUCAUGAAGCAGAUCCUGGAGGGAAUGCGCUUCAUGCACAGCAAGAAUAUUGCCCAUUUUGAUCUCAAGCCAGAAAACAUCAUGUUGUCAGAAAAAGUAUCUCCACAUCCCACCAUCAAACUCAUCGACUUUGGCCUGGCUCAUCGCUUUGAUCAUGGGGAGGAGUACAGGAGUACGAGUGGCUCCCCAACGUAUAUUGCUCCUGAGGUGAUCAACUAUGAACCUCUCAGCACAGCAGCUGACAUGUGGAGCACCGGAGUUAUUGCCUACAUACUCUUGAGUGGUCUCUCACCAUUCCAAGGUGACACUAACGAAGAGACGCUGAUGAACAUUGUUGCUGUGAAGUACAAGUUCUUCCCACAGCAUUUCAGCAUGACCAGUGACAUGGCCAAAGAUUUCAUCCAGAAACUCCUUGUGAAAAAUCCUCUGGACAGACUCACAGCUGAGGAGUGUCUGCAUCAUCCAUGGAUUAAGCCCAUCACACGCAAGCAGAUGGCCAAAAGGAAUCGUUCUUCAAUCAAUAUAAAGAACUUUAAGAAGUUCAAUGCCAGACGGAAGUGGAAGAUGUCCUUUAACAUGGUACGGAUGUGCAACCGGCUGAUCCAUUUGAAGGUGUCACAAAAAACCCAUCCUGAUCCUGAUCAACUACUGAGACGGUGUGAAAGUGAUGUGGAGGACACAGAGAGCAAGCCUGCCUCCCUCCUUCGCCGAAGGCUCAGCAGCAGUUCAUAGAGCAGGCCAGCAGGAGGUAGCAGAGAGCCACAUACCCAGGCCUUUGUGGGAGGAGCCUACAGGAGGCGCUGUCAGAAAGUAUCUUGAGGUCGAGCAGCGGAACCUCACCGUGGACUCAAACUGUCAGUGUGCCGGCUUUUAUAAGAAGGGGUUUGGGUGGUUACAUCAGCUGAUGUGCCGACAAAAUAUUAUUUUCCUCGAAGUGUUUAGAUCCAGUCGUUUGUUUAUGUAUAAUUACAUAUGUAUAACAACAGUGCAGUUUUAACCUGAUCCAUUUAUAUGGUUUUUAAAGACAAGCUGUGACCUCUGCUACUGUGGCUUUCAGGUUACAGUGUACCCCCCCCCCCCAAAAAAACCCCCAAAACAC